GGUCUCCUAGGAAGACUCAACUAAACUGAAAACACAAAGGAAUCGCUUAAAUUUCCUUGCAAGGAAGCAUUAAUCUCGAACUGGCUAACUCUCAGGGAACUCAUUCCGACGCUGAUUCCAGCAGUAAGCGGCUGGUGCUGGCACUGUAUGACGCCCUAAACUCCGCCGACUCCCACGCCGUCGCUAACAUCCUCGCCGCCGACCUCGAGUGGUGGUUCCAUGGUCCGCCGCACCACCAGUUUUUGAUGCGCAUGCUCACCGGCGAUUCCAACGACACCUUCCGCUUCCUCCCCCUAAGGAUCGCCUCCUUCGGCCCCACCGUCAUCGUCGAGGGCUGCGACACCGCACGCGCCAUUGCCUGGGUUCACGCGUGGACCGUCGCCGAUGGGAUAGUUACCCAGGUCAGGGAGUACUUCAACACUGCCCUCACCGUCACGCGCAUCCACGACUCCGACGAGAUUCUUCCGGCCACCUCCGCCGCCGGCCGCCUCCCCUGCGUCUGGGAGAGCAGCGUCUCGGGUCGGGUCGGCAAAUCCGUUCCCGGUUUGGUUCUCGCCAUAUAAAUAAAUAAAUAAAAAUUAUUAGGACGCGGUCUCGUGUUGCCGUUACUAUAAUAGUAUUAAAUAAAGGCUUGCACACGUGGCGGUUAGAGUGGUGUGAGUGUGAGACCCUGUUGUUAUUGCCGUGGUUUGUUUGUUUGUUUACUUUUGUUUUUCAAUAUUGCUGUUAAGGUUUGUGUUUGUUUGUGGUUUGAAGGGAAUCACCAUGGGUGUAUCCAGGUGGUUUUACUUUUAUCCUUCUUGUGACUCUGUCAUGGGCUAUUUUCAUGAUGCAAUAAGAAUAUCUAUGGAUUCUGCUUUUAAGACUUC